UGUCGCAAUUCCCCGCCGCCCGCCGCCCGCCGAUCAUACCCUCUCGCGCCGCCGCUCGCCGGAGUUCGGCCAACCAAGCUGAAUGGAGAAGGUGCUAGGGGAGGAUCUCGUUGAGGAUAUCCUCCUCCGCUUGCCGCCGGACGACCCCGUGAGCCUCCUCCGCGCCGCGACCGUGUGCAGGCGCUGGUGCCGCAUCAUCUCCGCCCCAGACUUCCGCCGCAGGUUCGGCCAGCGCCACCGCACGGCCCCCAUGCUCGGUUUCCUCGCCAACCUCAGAGACGGCGACGAGGACGACCGCUUCGACUACGCCGCCCGCUUCGUCCCCGCCACCCCCUUCCUCCCGCGCGGCUCCGAGCACCGCGACCUCGACUCCCGCCACGGACGCGUCCUCCUCACCAGCAUGCCCUGGGGUCCUAAGCUCGAGAUCUGGGACCCCGUCACGGAUGAGCUGCGGGAAAUCCCCGAUCUAACGCUGUCCUCACCUUUCACCUGGAAUGCAGGGGUGGUCUGCGCCGACUACGCCGCGUGUGAGUGUGACCACCUCGAUUGCCGCCGCGGGCCCUUCUUCCUCGUCGUCUUCCUGGACGCCGACGAUGCGCAGAUGCGUGUGCACCUCUACUCAUCGGAAGAUGGCGCCUGGGACUUUGCAGUGCUCAUGACGACGGGAGAUGGUGGGUUGGGUUUUGCAAGGGUUGAGAAAUCCAGGCUCUGGAUCUGCUCAAUGGAGACUGACCCCAUGGGAGAUGAUUUUUGGGUACCAGUCAGAUCCAUUGAGCUCGAGACGUUGCUCUCCAAGUUGAUGCACACUCCAUUAUAAAUGAUCAUGUUGCCUUUGCACAUGGCGUUGAGGUCUUUUUUGUUGGGACAGAGGAUGGUUGGUUCAGUAUUGAUCUAAAGUCUGGACGGGUGAGGGAGGAGGAAUACGGCGAUGGUUGGACCCAUGGUGUUGUUCCAUACACGAGCUUCUACGACACUCCAGAUCUUCAUCAGUAUGGUGUGGUUCCUGUCUGAACCAAAUAAGUGCUGAGUAAAUUUUUGUGGUCAAUCAUGGUUGCUUUUAAAUUUUUCUUAUGAAUGGUGAACUUAUGUUUGAGGUCAACCUUUUGCCUUAUCUCGUUUUAGACCUCUCCUACUAUCCAGAAAGAAUAUUUCCAUAUUGUAUCCACAUAGUAUUAUGUGUCUGUCAGGAAGCAGUUCUGUCAUAAGUGUCAUGAUCAAAAUUGUUGUCAGUUCAUGAUUGUAAAAGUGUGAUAAUGUGAUUCGAUCUUAAUGCAUGGCAAGCUUGUGGGAAAGCUCACAGUUCCUUGUG